UAUGGAAAAGAAAGAUGGCGGCCAUCGUAGAGAGGGUAGAUGUAGGCGUAGGAGCUCCAGAUUCUGAAUCUAUUUCUCCCAGAUUGUCCACCCCACCACCAGAUCAGCCACACCAGAACAAUCCCUUAUUGGGACUUCCAAUUGUGGCCAUCGAGACGAUUCUGAAUUUCUUGUCUUACGAUGAAAUAAGCCUGCUACGCCUGGUGUGUAAGCGGAUGGACAUGAUCUGUCAGCAUAUGCUGAACCAGGGCUUCAUCAAGGUGGAGCGCUACCACAGCCUGUGCCAAAAACAGGUCAAAGCCCAGCUGCCCAGGAGAGAAUCGGAGCGAAGGAACCACUCGCUGGCGCGCCAUGCAGACAUCCUGGCUGCCGUGGAGACUCGCCUCUCCCUGCUCAAUAUGACCUUCAUGAAAUAUGUCGACUCCAACCUCUGCUGCUUCAUACCUGGAAAGGUGAUUGAUGAGAUCUACCGCGUGCUGCGCUACGUGAACUCCACGCGGGCUCCUCAGCGCGCCCACGAGGUGCUGCAGGAGCUGCGGGACAUCUCCUCCAUGGCCAUGGAGUACUUCGACGAGAAGAUCGUGCCCAUCCUCAAGAAGAAGCUGCCGGGGGCAGACCUCUCGGGAAGGCUCAUCGGGUCCACCCCAGGUACGCGUGAUGUGGCCGGCCCGUCGACCUCCCUGACCACCAUGUCUCUGCUGGCCAAGAACACGCCGUCACGCUCCGAGAUGACCAAGGUGCAGCAGCAGGUGAAGGUGAACGGGGCGUCCAUGACGGCGCUGCGGCGCGAGAUGCAGGAGGUGCGGGUCAAGCAGCUGGAGCAGCAGAAGCAGCUGCAGGACCAGGAGCAGAAGCUGCUGGAGCAGUCGCAGGUCAUCGGCGAGCAGAACGCGCGCCUGGCCGAACUGGAGCACAAGCUGCGCGAACUGAUGGACCGCGCCGCCGUGGGCGCCGGCGGUGCUGCUGCCGCGUCGUCCACAACCACCACCACCGGCGCGGGGACGGCCACCUCAGCAGCGGGUGUAGCUGUGCCCGUACGGGGCUCUGCAGGGGCCUCCACAUCUUCGUCCUCUUCGUCUUCUUCUGCAGGCUUGGCUAUUGCCAGCACAUCCACAGGAGUGACGACAGCGACGGCAGCAGCAGCAGUGGCGCUUGUUGUUGCUUCGCCGGCGUUGGCGACAUCCGAGGUGUCCUCCAUCGAGGAGGAUGGUGUCCCAUCUCUCAAGCGCUCCAGGAAGAGUCUGGAUCUUCCGCGGCACUCCAAACGUCUCCGCAGCAGCAAGAAGUAGGUGGACAUUUGCAGCGUCGGCUCUUUUUUUUGUGCUUUUGGUUCAUCGUUUCAUUUUUGUUUUUUUGUUAUGGGUUUUUUUGUUCAUCCACAUGGCUACAGAGGCUAUAUGGAGAUGAGUUGGGGGUGGAUUUAUGGCGAACUGACAAUGUCCAGGUUGUUGCAGUUCAUUUUGCAUGUUUAAAUAAAAGUCAACCACUCCCUAAGGCCUUUUUCAAGGUCAUGUAACAGCACAUACAGACAUCAACUAUUCUCUCGUUUGCUGGUUGAAGUCUAUAAUUUCUUUUUUUUGGAUUAUUGUUUUUUGUUUUUUGUUUUUUUUGUUUGUUUUUGGUUUGGGGGGGGGGCAUGAAGAAAUCACCACACAAAGACUGAAAAAGUUUGUCCGCAGUGCCAUGGCUGUGUUGAGGAAGAGGUAACUACUGUACGCCCUUUGGGGUGCAUUCCAAUCUGCCGACUUCCGUCCUCCCUUGCUCACUUGCCUACUUGUGACCUCAUGAUGAUGUCACUGACGACAGACAAUGAAUUCAAUGUCUUGCAAAAUCACAAUUCUAAUGUCAUUUUCUCAUUUGCAAUUGGGAUGGUGAAUGAAUAACAGUCCCCCAAAAGUUGUUGUGGCUAGGCUGACAGCUGGGAAACUUUAUUGUUUUCUCCACGGAGGAGGGGCUAGGGGGCGGCGUGAGGCCACAAGCACGAGUGGAGGACGGGAGUGUGCAUAUUGGAGUUGCACCCCUGGAUCGCAGGUUCUAAGAUGAGGUCCUCAGCGGGUGUUAGAGCUGCCUGCGUUGUCAGUCAUUUGCUGUAUGUAACCUCUGUUUCAGAGAGGCACAUUUAAAAUAAGUGGGGUCCUCUUAUCGUGGUGAAGUUGUCUAGAUGGUCAUGUGCCUUCUUGUCGGCACUCAUAUGUAGCGUUGACCACAGGCUGUGGUGCCCUGUCUGUGUGCAUGUGUAUAUAGAUAUAUAUAUUUAUACCCAACAAAUCAAAUUUACCAAUCUGAUCAGGAGGACUCUGGAGGCCUGGCGUGCACUACGGUUGGCUGGUUGGUUGCACAUUCUUUAAGAAUCAGGUCAUUUAAAUUUGAUUUAAGCUAAAGGGUCCAUCCCGUGGAGCUUCUGUUGAAAAGAACAACAACAACAAAAAGAUCCAGUUACAUAUUGGGAAACCUACAUCUAUGUAGGUCUAUGAUUGAAUGAGCUUGAAAGCUACGAAGUGCACACAUAAAAUGACCUCAUUCCUGGUAUCUUGCUCCAAGUUUAAACAAUAAAAAAACGAUCAACUGGGUCAAAGACGUGCAAAAUGAAAUUGUCAUUCAGUGUAACGGAUAUCUUCUGCUGACUGUAACUGUAAAAAACAUGACUCUUUUUAUUUAUUUAUUUUCCAGGGAAUUCAUGAAAGCCUCGGCUGUAAUCCAUUCACUUGAAACAAUUUAAAAAUCAUGUUUUUUUUACCGUUACAGUCAGCAGAAGGUAUCCGUUACACUGAAUGACAAUGCCAUUUUGCACGUCUUUGACCCACCUACUACUGACCAUAGUAUCAUGUGAUCUCUAACUGGUUGCCUGUGCUCAUGUCAUGAUAUGAAGAGGCCCCGCCCCCUGUAAUGGUGCAAUAUGAAUGGCUGAUUUCAGUUCUCCUCUCCUCAUUAAUUUUUCUCGACUUUGUGCGUUUGGACAAGUUAACGUUCACGUCACACAGGUUCAUAGUGCUAAGCAAACUAGAGAAGUGCUGUUUCGUUCAAGACACGGUCCCCCGGCCCGACCUGUCUUCAUGAUUAUGGCGCCUUCGUUGUAUACCGUCUUUGCAUUGGAGGGUUCUGUUCACAAGGUGGUGCAGCAAUAGCUCAGAUGUCAUUGCAGAGGUCUACACUACAAAGCUGACUCAGGAGUAAACCAGGUUAAAGUUAAGAGGUAAAUCAUCUAAUAGGAGAGCCUGGAGUCCUCAUAACUUCUUAACUUCACCUGGUGUACUCCUGAACCAGCUUUGUAAUAUAGGCCCCAGAUGUUAAGCUUUGUGUCUUCAUCUGUAUUUGUUCCCCAAAGGGCCAGUAGGGGCCACCGAUGGAUCCACCAUGAUUCCACACGCAGUUGAGCAUGUAGAACAAUCAAUGUCGAUGUGAUCAUGUACGGUAGCAAAGAACUGUGUUCAUAAUAUAUUAGUAUGGUCUUACCAAAGUUUGAUUGAAUGCCUCAGUAUCUUGAAGCAACCCACAGCCAAAAUGGCAUUUGGCAAAUUUCUGUUUGUUUUGUUGAAGAGAUGUUUGGAUUCAUUCAUGUCUAUGAGGUGUCCCAUCAACAAUAAAAAGAAUUGGCCUCUUGUGA